UUUCCAACUUAUUUUAAUGUUAAAUUGGCGAUCUGGAACGAUUUCACCGUGACGCCAUCUGAUCAGCUUGAAUACGGUACAAAUCGCGUAUUUUACGGGACGGGUGGCAACCCUUGUCAUUUGCGUUUCGAGCUGAUCUGUGGUUAAAUGCCUGCUACAGACUUCCGUGAGGAGAAACGGUGAAAUGCGCUUGGAUUAGAGUAUAUGCCAGCCAUUGCUUUCUCAGAUCGGCUCGGGCUGAAUUAAAGCUCUGCAAACUGUUCUUCCACUGAAUUUUGAAGAAGCUGUACACGGUCUGUGACAAAAGAAUAAGGGGUGAUACGCUGUACAAACUUCACCUGACCUCGUCACUACAUUUAAAGAAAGAAAAGACCCUUGCUGCGCAGGGAAAGAUUCCAAAGCCACCUCCACUGCCAGAAUGGACAGACAUCAAACAGUAUUUGGAAUACCUGAAACUUGAUGAACCCAUCAUUGGUCUUGGUUCCCUGGAACAGAUUCCAGAUCUUGUUAAUGACGAUGGCAAACCUGGUCUAAAGUACAAGUGCCGAGUGUGUAACAUAGAGAUGGACCUGCAUAACGCUGUUGGCCAUGUUAUUGGACGCAAGCACCGGCAAAAAUACCUGGAGCAGAAAAGGCCAGACUUGGUGACAUGGCGCAACACCACACAACAGCCAGGUCUUGUUGCCAGAUUCCAAGCUAAAGUGGUUGAAAAGCAGGAGGGAUGGGGAACACCAGUGCCACUUGAAAAACCACAGAAGAAACCCAGAAAUGUUGGAAAAGGAAAUGAUUUAAAGUCCACUGUUCGUGGAAGAAACCCUCGUACAAAAUCAACUUUUGUUAAAGAUAUUCAUAAACAGUCAUACUUGGAUGAACAUGGCCGUCCCUGUUAUACUGGGGAAAAGGAUGUCCAAUAUGGUAGACCUCAUCCAAGUGAAAACAGACAUCAAAGACCAUACAAAGAAACUAACAUUCAAGGAAGAUUCUUUCAAGGAGAUGACUAUUCUGAAAGAGAAGAACAUGCCAGGCACCAUGUAGAUCAGGGUGGUAGAAGCAUGUCUCAUUCUCGAGAAGACUAUGAGGAAGCAAAUCUGGGCAAAGGGCAGUAUUCAAGAGGAUACAGCCUCAAGUCUAGAGACUAUGAUGUUCAAGAGAACAUUUAUCAAGAAGAUGUUCCAAGAAACAUAUUCAAUGACAGAGACAUUAGAAUCCACAGUGCAGCUCAACACCAUGGAGAAACAGAAUAUCUGGAACAGCAAAUGGAGGGUAGGAUGUAUGCCGCUUAUGAGGAAAGAGGAUCAGGCAUGGAGGUUAUGUCAAAGUAUAGCAGAAGCUUUCAUGAUGAGGAGAGAAGGGAGAAUGUCAGAGAAUUUACAAGAAGGAUGUGGGAAGAAUCUAAUGAGAUGCAAGGUUACCCUCAAAGGCUUGAUCCCAGAGAUAUUCCAAGAGCAUAUUCCCAUGAACCGGUACCAGCCAAGAAGAAAAAGAAAAGCAGGUUCUCUGAUGCAACAGCGGAGGAAAUAGCACUUGCACACAUGAGACAUUCACAAGAAUUUAUCCACAAAGAGAAGCAAAGAGGAGCACCUAAUCAAGCAAAGUCCCCGCUGUUUAAUAACCCAGUUAUGGAAUCUAGAAAUGCUUCUCGUGUUUAUCCACAUCCUGAAAAUGUUCUGGAUGUACUUAGUGACAUCCAAAUUGAAAAUCUGGGCGAAGCCAAAUUUCUCAAAGAAAAGCUGUGCACAGUUUUAAAAGAGUUCCAAGCAAAUAAAACUGCAAAAACUGGGGGCCAUACUUCACAAUUUGCCAGUGAACAACGCAGAGAUGCACAUGAUAAGGACUUAAGGGAUGAUCCAGAUGGCAUGUAUUUAGAAAAUAGAGGUUUUCAAGAGGUCAGACGAUAUGAAGACGAUCCAAGAAGUGUCCAAGAAUCCAGAAAAUAUGAGGAAGACCCUAGAGCAGUUGGAGAGAUCAGACGAUAUGAGGAUGAUCCUAGAGCGUUUGGAGAGGUCAAGCGAUAUGAGGAUGACCCUAGAGCGUUUGGAGAGGUCAAGCGAUAUGAGGAUGACCCUAGAGCGUUUGGAGAGGUCAAACGAUAUGAGGAUGACCCUAGAGCGUUUGGAGAGGUCAAACGAUAUGAGGAUGACCCUAGAGCGUUUGGAGAGGUCAAACGAUAUGAGGAUGACCCUAGAGCGUUUGGAGAGGUCAAACGAUACGAGGAUGACCCUAGAGCGUUUGGAGAGGUCAAGCGAUACGAGGAUGACUCUAGAGCGUUUGGAGAGGUCAAGCGAUAUGAGGAUGACCCUAGAGCGUUUGGAGAGGUCAAGCGAUAUGAGGAUGACCCUAGAGCGUUUGGAGAGGUCAAGCGAUAUGAGGAUGUCCCUAGAGCGUUUGGAGAGGUCAAGCGAUAUGAGGAUGACCCUAGACCAUUUGUAGAGGUCAAGCAAUCUGAGGAUGACCCUCGAGCGUUUGGAGAGGUCAAACGAUAUGAGGAUGACCCUCGAGCGUUUGGAGAGGUCAAGCGAUAUGAGGAUGAACCUAGAGCGUUUGGAGAGGUCAAGCGAUAUGAGGAUGACCCUAGAGCGUUUGGAGAGGUCAAGCGAUACAAGGAUGACCCAAGAAGUCCUAGAGAGAGCAGACGUUAUGAAAAUGACUCCAGAGAUUACAGAGAGGCAAGACGAUUUGACAGUUAUCCAAGUGAUUUUCAAGAAGUAAGGCAAUUCGCAGAUGAUCCCAGAGGACUUCAAAAGACAAGGUUACAAGAGAACCCAAGAGAUUUUCCAGAGCGGAGAGGUUAUGAGGCGGAUCUUGGAGAAGAGGCAGGACAUUAUGAAGAAUAUUCAAGAGCUACAAAAGAUAGCCUAGAAGGUCCCAGAAGUAUUCAUGAGACAAGAUAUUAUGAUGAUGAUUUCAGGGGCUUUGUAAAUGUGGAUUCUGAAAGAAAAUGGGAUCAUCAGAGAAGGCAUUCGUCAGAGCGCUUUGAAAACUCAGGCCGUGAAGACAUAGAGAGUGGUUUUCAAGAGAGCUUUGGCAAGCCUCCCAUGCUUUACAAACCAACUUCUCUACUUGAUGAUACAAGGAUGUUUGCUGGAAGAGGACAACAGAGGUCACAUCAGAAUGACCGUCAACCUGGUGAUGAACUCUAUGACCCAUUCCAACCAUCAUCCUCACCACCUCCGGAAAUGACACACUCCACCAGUCUUGACAAGAUUGCCUCAACUCUUCUGGAGCUUGUGGCCCGUAGAUAAAAUGAAGCUUAUUUGUUACUGUAUAAUCUGACAUGGUUAUAGUUUAACAUAGCUACCAGAUGAGGUUCUGCACUGAAUUUUGGGAGUUGAUUUAACCAUGAUGCUGCAUAGCGACACUCAAUUUAAAAUUACAUUAGGGGACUGUGUUUGCAGUUGAUAUCCUUUUAAGUCAUUUUAGACAAAAUAGUCAAUAAAUGGAGCGUUAUUUUCAGUAAUUAGGUAGUUAAUAUUGUUAUCCUAAUAUUUGAAGGAUACUUGGUUUUGUUUUUUUGCAAUGAUUCUCAUGUUGUGAAAUUGUACUGUUUUGUUCAGCUGGUUUUAUUAAAAGACCAGUGGUGGAAAGAAAAAUAAACCAUGCAACCCAA